GAUUGUCAUUUUCUCUUUCAAUUUCGAAAUUUCGUUAUGAAUAUUUUUUGUUUGUUUUCUGAUUGAAGUUUUUUUGACUCUUUUCACUGAUACUUUUUUUUUUAAUCCCUCUGUUAGAAGAAAAAAACACAGCCGCUUCAUUCUGCUAUUUGUUUGGUUUGCAUGUGAUUUUGUCUUUUCGUAUCUAUUUAAAAAAUGUAUACAAAAUAAUAGUUGUUUAGAAACCAAAAAAGUUUAAGAUAAUUAGAGGUUGCAUGUUGCAUGUGGCAUGUUGCAUCCACUCAGAUAUGCCAUAUAUUUUUUCUGUGUAUGUAUGCUUCUUUUCAGUUUCCAAUGUCGAACGAAACAUUCAACUGUAAAUGACUCAUAAUUAUUAUCAAACCUAAGUAUUUAUAAUUAAAGGCUUGCGCUUGAAUAAUAAAUUCAUUUGUUCAAAUAAAUAACGCAGCCGCAGCAGCAACAGCAAAAACAGCGUUUGAGAACGCUUCGUUGUCUUAUCUGUCAACAGAGGAGAGCAUGAGAAAAAAAAAACAGCAUCAACAACAACAGACAAGCCAGCAAAUGAAUGAACGAAAAACAUCUGAAUUAAAAUACCAUUAACUUUUGUAUAAUGUAACAUGAACUGAUUCUUCUCUGCUAAAUUUAAACCAAAAAUCGUUUUUUUUUCGUGUGUUUCGACAACACAACGACAACUUAACAUUUCUCUCUCAUCUCUCGAGCGUAAAGAUGCGGGACGAAAUUCUUCUAGUCUUGAUUACAGCAUCGAUUACACGUUAUGUUGUUGCUGUGUUGUGGAAAAAUGUGCAACACCAAUUUCAAUCGUUGGUCGUUGUUGUGACGUGCACGAGCGGCAUCGUUUGUCAGAGUUUCGUUUACUGUCUUCAAAAAGCGGUUGGUUUUUCUUUAUCGUUUUUAAGCGGCUUCUCAUCACUUUCCGGCCGCUCUAUUCCCAAACGAACUUUCGUAAACUCUCGUGAGCGCGCUCUCUCUCUCUCUCUCCGUAUAUAUUUUUUUUUGAUUUUGUUUUGGUUAUGAAACUACGAAAAUCAAAGACAUAUUAUCGUAAAAUAAAAAUUAUGAGCGCGUCGCCUCUUCUUGGUCAAUAGGCUUUCGAAUUGGAAAUUUUACCGUAGAAAAUGUUCAAUAUAAUAUCGAAAUGCGUGUAAAAACAUGGCAUCUAACAUGGGAUUAUAUGGAAUCGGUGAAAAUAGCAUUUUUAUGUUUGUCUACGGUUUUGUUGUCUGCUUUUCUCUCUCUCUCACUCUGUUUAAACGGUGUAACCUACGCACUGCCAUCGAAUUGUGCAAAUGGUUCAAGACAGCAUGAAUGCACAAUGUAAGAGCAACAACACAGUUCAUGGGCGGUCUACGCGCUACAGCAAAGACGAAGAAAAAAAGGCAGCUCGCACACAUAUCACCACCACGCGGUGUGCGCGCGGUGUAUUGUCUGUUUUAGUGUUUGUCGUUUUUAAUUUUUUUGGUUUAUUUUUUUGUUGUUGAAUAAGCUAUAAAUUACCACAAAUAGCCCUUUUCCGAGUCCUCGCCGCACAUUUAGCGCUUACAAUUUAUUGGACACUUUCAAAGAAGAAGAAGAGAAAACCUUUCUUUGCCCAUAAAAACCACUUAACUUUGACAGCGAGGGCAAAAAGUGAGAGAAAUGAAACAUUUGCUGUGUGGCGGUGCGUUUGUUUUUAUUUCUCUCUAUUCAUUCAAUGAUUUUUUUUUCCCAUUUUGUCACUCAUUUUAUCUUGCAUUCUACACUUGUUGUGGCUCAGCGCCACUCCUAAUCUUGCUUCGAACUGUGAAUUUUUGUUUGGUGUGUCGAUUUUGAAUUUGUUUUUCGAUUUUUUCCUGAUUUUUUUUUCUCUUCUUCUCUCCGUCGCUCUCGCGUGUGUGUGUGUGUCGGAAAUGUAAACAUUGGAACCGAAGGCGCAUAUCACCCAUAUAACCUACGCAUAUGAUUUGUGUCGUUCACGCACCGUUAGAAUUGUGUGUAUUUUUGUAUGACCGCUUAAUGUGAACGUGAAAAGAAAAACAGAACAGAAAAAAAACAUUGCCGCGCGCACCAAAAUAAUGAAUGAAUUAACGGGCACACAAACCAAAUGAAGACAAGAGAACAUGAGACGAAACGAGAGGAAUAACAACAACACCAACAGCCACGAAUAUAUUCUAGAGACCGGGAGAAUUAUGAUGGGCAGUAAAUUAACAGCACAGACAGACAGAUACUAUAUUGAGAUCAAAAAGAAGCCAGUUGAUAUCAAAUUAGAUGUACCAAACACACGGUGCCAUAUGAUACAUGAUGCAUUGCGCAUGUAAUUCACUUAACACUUGACUCUGUCGGGCCGAAUGCACGGUGAGGGAGAGAGAGAGAGAGAGAGAUAGAGAAAAGCUAAUGAAUAAUCUUCGAUAAACAUUUACACUGUGUAUGCACUGGAUGGCUUGGCAUUUCCCUUCAAAGUACUUUCCAUUUGGGUCAUUAAUCGAUUUCUCGGAUGGUUCACUGAAUACACACACAUUCCCGUCUCUAAUUUCAUUUUGAUUGAAUCAUAAACAUUCUUUCGUCCAAAUUGAACAUCAUUACACAAUGAAAUGACGGGCCAGCGGAAAGAAAAUUGAAUAAUUUGAUGAAUCAGAAUAAAGUUGUGGUUCAUUUCAUAAGAAUUAUCAAUGCUGUGAAUAAUAAACAAGCCAGCAAGAACCAGAUCAAUUUCAAUCAUUUAGUCAAUUCGGCGGGAAAAUUGUUUUUUUUCCAUAUACCAAAAAAUCACACGAGCAAAACAAAUAUUUACGUCCUUUCUAAAUAUUUUCGUUAACAUUUUUCGUUACAAUCACUUUAAAAUCGAUGUUUUUUUUUUCAAAAUCCAUUUCAUUGAUUAUUAUGCGCAUUUUUUUCCAUUUGAUCGUGUGUUAUUAACCAGAAAUGAAAUAUGAAAUUUUCGGUGAAUUAAUCCGUGAUUAUUGUAGCCGAUUUGAGUGUAUUUUUUUCCAAAUAAAACAACGCUGCUUAUUCUCGCUUGUGCAUUUUUUUCUUCAGUUUCAUAAGAACAACUCAAUUAAUGCGACUGGCCAACGUAAUAAAAAAAAACAAUUCGAAUGAAGAAAAAAAUGCUUUAGCUCAUCAAGACUUCGGUGUUUUUCCUUUCAAAUUUUUGUUUCGUUGUUGAGAUGUGAGAAGGCCCCAAACCAAGUGUACACGCGUAUUCGUAUCUGAGAUUGGAAUUCCACUCGACGAAUGAUUAUGUCGAAAAUGCUUGCAUUCCCGUCAAGUACAAGGCAGAAAUUGAUUAGAUAUGGUGUAAAGAUAUGUUUCGAAAAUGAACUUAUGUGUCUGUGCAUUCUUUGGUACAUGGUGCUGUGGCACUGAACACCGCUCACACGCACACACACACAAAACGCCCAUAUGGCACACACAUAACCGAAUCAAAUUUGAGUCAGCUGUGCUAAUUAGACCCGUUUCUAAUUAAAUUAAAUUCAUAUUUUGACUGUGGUUUCCAAAUCGCCGCUGCUAAUGCAUAUGGCUCGUUAAGCCGCAUGAUUUGUGCUGCACUGUGCUGUGCUGUUCUGUGUGUGUGUCAUUGAAAGCAGCAAGCGGCGUGCAAAAGGAACAAACAACAAUCUCAUAUUGUUUCUGUACGGAUAUUUACGGGCUGAUUUGUGUAUAUAUCGUCGCCGUCGUCGUCGUCGUCGUCGUUUUUUCUGCGUUUGAGAAGCGCAUUUCUCGGAAUCAUGUUAUUAAUACGGAGCUCAUUGAGCAGUAGACAAAGUCCGAUUAUUGUUUUGCCGUGUGUCUUUUUUUUUGGUUUAUUUCAUCCUCAUGUUUACUGUUUAGCCGUAGAAAUUUUCAAAUAAUCUCCACUUAACUGGUGCUGCGCUUCAAUGCACAUGUAAACGUUUUUGCACUGUGUGGCUCAUUCACUCUCGGUGUGGCUCGUUUGUUCAGUGUGAAAAUGAAACGAAAUCUACUAAUUAUUCUCAUCAAAUGACUUUUCUUUUCCGAAGUGUGUGUGCGAAUGUAACUCAUAAAGAGCUGCUUCAUCCAGUACAUUUCAUUCAUAUUUGAUUUCCGUGACGCAGAAGAAUAUUUCUAGAUAUUUGCCUCCAUCGUCGUCGUCGCCGCUAUGCCGCUAUCUUUGUUGCUGUUGCAAAAGGCUAUAUCGUGAUCUUGUGCUUUGUUAAUAGCUGAGCAAAUAUGCUCGCAAUGCGGCAACCGCGAAACAGAAACAAUCAUUGUGAUUGAUCACGCUGUUUCGUACUCGCAAAAUAUGCUCAUUUUUUCCUCUCUACAUUCCAUUGCCAUGUUUUUUCAUCUAAUUUGUUUCAGCGUCGUUUUUUUCUGCUCCUCCAUCAUUUCGUUCACUAUUUUGUUAAGGUUGAGACCUGGCUGUGGCAACUAAAAUGUCACGCAUUUCGAGUAAAGAUAAAUGUUUGUAUGAAAGCAGCAACAGCAACAACACCCGAACUGCAGGCAAUUUCAUUUGAAUAUUAAAAGGUUCUGUGUGUGUGUGUGUGUCCUACCUCUUUGCAGCACUUGAAACAGUGCCGCGGCGUAGCGGCUAGCUAAAAUGUCAAUGUGCGUGGAUCAUUGUCGGUUGUACUAACGUGGCCUUGGUGUGCUUCGAUUGAAAAAGAAUUUCAAAUCACAACAGCCGAUCUAUGAGCAUUGAGACUGUUUUUGUUUCGCAUUUUUCACUCCCUCUCUCUCUCCAUCUCACACACACCAUUGGCGGUUACACACAAUUAAUAUUCAUUUCGCAUGUAUUCGCAAAUGUUUAAUAUGACCAAGAGUCCAUCCUACUUUGUGCAAUAAAAUUUAAAGAGAAAAAAAAUCAGCAGAAUAAACGGCAGAAGGUAACCCAUUUGAAUGAAAACGAUUAUAAUUCCGUUUGUCGGAUAAUAUUCCGAUUUUUCAUUCCAUUCAGAGAGUUCAUUUCAAAUGUGAUUCUUAUUCGAUCUUUCGAAAGAUGUACUUUUUACUUCUUCCGAUGUGAACAGAAUAAAGCUUGAGGAGAAAAAAUGCCGCGCUCCUCAUCUUCUCCAUCGUGCACGAUCAAGAGAAAUAGAACAUGUGCAAUAUAGCUAGAGAAAGAGAGAGAGAUAGAGAGUGAAUAAAAUUGAUAUGAAUCGAAAACGAUAAUUUCUUUGUUUGGGCAAAGUGCAACGUGAUUUUUUGCUCUUUGUGUCGUUGUCGACGUGUUUGAGUAUUUACUACGGAAUAAAAUUUUUUUUUCAUUUUUAUUAAUUUUUCACGUCAAUUCCCAUUGUUUGAACAGUGCCUGAGUCAGUGCUGAUUUGACACUGAAAUGGCAACGUAUCAAACAACGAACGAAAGAAAAAAAAAAAAGCAACAAUCAGCGACAAACACAAAAGGCACGAAUUUGAAUGCGCUCAAACGUAUUUAAGUCGACGAGUUGUCACAUAUAAGAAAGGCAAAUGACUCAUGUCUACACGAUUCACCGUGCAUAAAAACAUGAUGAUAUUAUUUUUGAAGCGAUUUUGAAACUUGUUUGGCUAUUUGUCUGUGAGCACAUUGAAAGUUUCGAUGACGUUUUUAGCGUGCGAGCAACGACGUCGACGAUGACCACAAAAGCCCCAAACAAAACCAAGAAAUGGAAACAGAAAAUUUAUUUCCAUUUCUAUUUGCUUAUCAUGUUUUUAUAUUUCGAUUAAGUUCGACAAUUUCAAGUAGUCCAAACGCACCAGCCCAAACAAAAUGGAAAUAGAAAAAAAAAAGAAAAAGAAACAACCGACACUACAACAAAUUCUUGUUUGCAUAUCUAAGUAAUUGCGAUAUGGGAUCGACUUUUGAACAAUUUUAAUGGACACAGCCGUAAACGAAACAAGUUUCACGGCUCAUUGCUUUGACCAUACGCUAGAUUUGUUUUUCUUUUAUCUAUUCGCUUACACUUCGUCUACGUAUUGGCCGAUCAUGCUUGCGUGUGCUGUCGCAGUCGCGAGUAGAAAAAAUUUCACUUUGCAAUUUUUUUUUCUCGUUUACUUCUAUUUCUUUUUAAAAUGCGGUCGUGAUCUUAAUCAUGUAGCUCAUUAGACUCGUACCAUUUCCCAUUCUAUUUAAAUGUAGAUUUUGAUUAAUUUAUGCCACAUUUUAGUGGCAAACUUUUUGACCCGACCAAGAAAAAUGUAAUUGAAUCUUUUCUUCUUCUUUCGGUCGACAAACACACACAAGUGGCUUUUUGACUAUUUCAAAAUUUCAUGAAUUAAAAGCUAUUUCAUGCGGUGAAAUUGCCAAAUCAACGUUUAAACAUGAGAAUCUGUUGACACUGCGCCGUUGACUCGAGAUCAAAAGCGGACAAAGAGAGUUCAAAAAGCGAAGACAUAAUGUGAAUCGUGGCCAUUGGAUUAAAUAGAAAAGAAACAAAUCUUAAGAAGUACGUAGACCAAGGGCGAUCCACUUUUUGAAUUUCGACUCUGCGACCGAUGGUCAACGUGAUCGACAAUGUGCACUUGGAAACAGGCGUCAACAACAAUGGAGACAAUGACAACAACAAAUGAGCCGCAAUUGGCACUAAUCUCAAGUUUGUUGUGCCCGAACAAAGCACCAAGUGUUAUCAGUCUAAAUUGAACUUAUAUUAAAUUAUCAGUUUGAUCAAACAAACCCCAUUCGGCUAUUCUUUUCUUUUCGCAUCACAUUUAGUACAAGCGCACAAGUCAAUAAUCAAUGUGAAUUAAACGCCAUUGUUCGCCACUAUAAAUUUGACUCAACGCAAAUGUAAAGGCGGCCAAUUUAUGGGGUGAUUUUCCGCACCGAUUUUAUCAUUCGAAACACACAUGUUGUCUUAGCUCGUUCGAUUUUUAUUGCGAAACAAAUCGAGAGAGAGUGUGAGACACAUUCAGCGUCUGAGUCUAUCACAAUCAUCAUUGAAUAGACACAUGUUUGUCCGUAUUGUUUCGUAUUAUCCACCAGUAAGCUUCCGUAAAAGGAAGCUCAACCGAUAUAUCACCGUCGGUAAUUGCGUAUUAUGAUCGUCUUAGCUCGUCGUCCACCGAUCACACCAAUUCACUUAAAAGUCUGUCACACAGCAAAUCUUCCCUUCUUAUCGAUACAAACACGAGCUACAACAAUAAUCCAUUGCUUGAUUUCGAUCGAGUAACAUCACGAACGAGAGUUGCAAAUGUGGAAGAGACAUUAAUAAAAUCACUGAAACCAACGCCGCCACCAUUGCCAAAAUUACCACCGCCAUCGAUUCAUCGACGUCAUCGUAAUUUUCGUGCACUAUCGGCAAAUGUGCAACGGCUCAUAUCACAUUCGAAUACAUCGUUACAUCCGGACGAUAUGAACGAGAAUCAUUUGGCUGACGACGAUUCUUCAAAUUUGAAUUGUGUGAGGAAGCGUUUUUUGGCCUCACAAAUUACCGUGCCAACAACCGUGGUAACGAAUGGCAGCAGCAAAUUUAAGCAUCCACUGUCAAAGAAUACAUGCAAACUGACACAGUCCGGCGGAAAUGACUUGGUCAUCGAUGGUGAUUCAGAUGGUGGAUAUGUUACACCACCGGAAAUUCCCUAUGCAAACAUCGACCAUGUGUAUGACAUUGUCAAUGCGAAUGUGAACAGCGAUGAUCCUGAUGAAGAUACCGUCGAUAAAACGCCCAUCAAUGAGUGUCCACCAUUCGAUUUUAACCAUGAAAUCAACUCGAACAUUUUGGACGACGAUGUGUACGAUGAAGUGGUCAAAGAAGAAGCAAACGAAAAUGAAGAGGCUGAAGCGGAACACAAAAAUGCAUGGGAAUCUAGUGAAAAUAAUGAUACGGCCGCCGUGGCUACCGCCGAUGAUCCAUUAAUUUCCUUGAAAAAUACGAGUUUUAUACAUUCGAUUGCAAAUAAAUGUGAACACGUUCCGGCAAAUGAUUCGUCACAAAGUGGUAGUGCGCAAAAUUCACCGACACUUUCACAAAAAUCCACCGCCAGCCACGAUAGUCAAACGACAAAAUCAACGACGGCGACGCCAACAAAAAGCCAAUUAUUUGCAAUUAAAGCUCAAGUCAUUGAACAAAGUACAAAGAAACAUUCACCAAUAAGUAGCUCCUCCUCGGGCAAUGAUACAACCACAUUGGCUAAUGCAGUGGAAAGUGAUCCAUUGCCCGCGACUUAUAAUAAUAACAACGAAGCAACGGCAGUUCCAGUACCGGCAGCCACACCACCAACAACGACAGCGGUCAAUCACAAGGAGAACGCUCAAUUCACGAUUGACUUGAAGCGCACGAAAAUUCGUCCAUUGUCAUCGGUUUCGAUUAGUUCGACGAGUUCAUCGUCAAGCUCAGCGUCCGAUGAGCAUUCAUCGAAUCAAAAUGCUAUUUCAUAUUUGGCGAGUGUUGAGAGUUUAGCGGAUCACAGUGAAAAUGAAUUGGCCAUUACGAGCCCCAGUUUAACUGUCACCGAACGUGCUUGCCUAGAAAUUAUCGACUCCGAACGCAAUUAUGUCGAUGAUUUGGGUCAAGUUAUCCGAGGCUAUUUGAAUGACUGGCAAGAGCGAGGCCAUCUCGAAGCGCAAGAGCUGAACACAUUGUUUGGAAACAUUCAGGAAGUGUACGACUUCAAUGUGAUAUUACUGAGAGAAUUGGAGCAAUCCGGUACGGAGCCGAAUAAAAUAGCGAAAUCCUUUAUCAAGCUGCAAGACAAAUUCGAUGCAUAUACACAAUACUGCACCAGUUAUCCAGAUGCCAUAUCGUUGUUAACAACAUUGCUACAGGCUUCGCAUACGAAUGCCUUACUAGCAACAACACAAAAAAGUCUACAACAUACGCUGCCGCUGGGCUCAUAUCUACUGAAACCAGUUCAACGCAUUCUCAAGUACCAUUUGCUGCUCGAUAAUCUUCGAAAGCAUUGCGAUGUAGUUGAGGUGUUGCAAGCUCAUGAUAUCAUGAGGAAUGUGGCUCAGCACAUCGAUCAAGUGAAGCGAAAUCUGGAGCAACAAAGUCGUGUACGUGAGCUAUCGGGAAUUUUAGACGGUUGGCUCGGGCCCGAGCUAACCGUUCUAGGUGAUUUGGUACUCGAAGGAAUGCUCACAGAAAAUGGCAAACCACGAACUGUGCUACUUUUCGAGCGUAUGCUGAUUAUCACCAAGAAAAAGGAAGAUAAUCGACUUCAGCUCAAGACAUACAUUAACUGUAAGAGCCUAAUGUUGAUUGAACAUUUGCCGGGCGAUCCAGAAAGUUUUAGUGUAAUUCCAUACAAUGAUCUACAUCCGAAUCAAAUCAAAUUAACGGCACGAAAUCGAGACCAGAAGCGUAAAUGGGCACAGCACAUUAAGCAAGUCAUGCUAGCCCACUUUGAUAUUCCGAAUCGUGCGAAAGAGUUACUGUUUCAAUUGGGCGAAGAGGAUGAUCGUUCAACCGAUAAAAACACAUGGCGUUGGAAUCAUAACUCAUCGACAACACCCGAAUAUCUGGAACGACGCAAUCAGUAUCGUCGCAGUGAAAUGCGUUAUCGAUCGAAAAAAUCGCGAAAAAUCUUCAAUGCCAGUUUAUCAAUGGUCGAAGAUCAAUUUGAUCAACCAAUCACAAAUGCCGACAAUGGCAAAAACAAGCAGUUAGAUUCAAUGAUAAAGGAGCUGCAACAACGGAAUUCGUUGAUCAAACAAAAUGACGACACCGUAUCCAUUAUGAGCGGCACAACGCAAGCGACUGAUUUGGAAUCAAGAACUGAUGAUAAUGAUGAUCUGAGCAUUUGCAACGACUAUGAAAUACCAUUCGAUGCAAACAAAGCGCUACCGUGUAAACCGGCAUCAGCUUUGGAUAAGGCAAAAUCCAAACUGCUUGAAGUUCGAAUUUACAAUACAAAAACGUUGCCCAAGCGCAUCGCAAAUCUGAAGAAGCAACGAUCAAAAACGCUGAAGGAAACCUCAAAGUUUUACAUGGAUUUGCCGGAAGAAAACACCGAUACGGUUCUGAAAAUCACCGAAACAUCCGAUGAUUUAUCGAUUGGUGAUGGUCGGGUGAAUCGACGGCGUGCAUCUCUCGAUGCAACCGACACAAUCUCGAAGAAUUUGGAUGACAGCAAUCGAAAAUUGUCCAGUGUGUCGUUGCUGACGCCUUCGAAUCUCAUUCAAAAACACGCAAUAAAUAAAAGCAAGCGUGACAUCGAUAUUAUUUCGGAAUUGUUGAAGGAUCACAAAGAAUUCGAUCGGAUUUUGAAAAAGCCACCAAAGAAGCUGUCCGAAAGUGAAAAAUCAUCGCCCAAUCAUGAGCUGCGAAAUUCAAAAUUCGCCAAAGGUGAACUGUUCUUUAAAUUGCCGCUGCCACCCAUUCCCGUUGAAGCAAAUGAGUUCAGUAGGAGUGAGAAUUUUAUUCAACGUGAUCUGCCGCCUGAACCGAUCUACGAGUCACUUCUGCGAAAUGUGCAUGUUCCGUAUAAAUUUCCAUCGCCGGUUUUAAAUCGAUCAUUGUCACAGCCAAACAGUCGAUUCCUGAAGGUCAAACGGCCCACCGAAGCACCACCAAAACGUCCCGAUUCCGAUUAUGUGACGUUGACUUUUGAUGAAAACGGCGAAAUGACCAGCAUUGAUGAUGAGGUGCGGCUACCGAAACAUGGAUCACAUUUUCGUAAGAGCGAUACAAACAUCAAUUAUCACGUACGAAAAAUGUCCGAUGAAAAGGUGCCAUCGUUCGAAUCGUUCAGCUCAUUCAUUGAGGGAUCGCGACGCAGCACAUCAAGCGAAACUGACUACAGCAACGUGAGCAUUUCGAGCAUUCAAACGACCAAAUCGUCCGAUCUACUGUCACCGCAGAACACAUCACACGAUGCUUCAACGUUCAACGGCACGGAAGUCUACAAAAGUGUGGAUCAUUUAAAUUUUGGCAAACCAUCGAAUAAACUGCCCGAACGACGUGUGUCCGAUGUGACUGGCAUGCAUCGCAAGAGUAUCAUUCAUAAGCAGGGUAGCAAAGCACUUGGAUCUCGUAUCGCCUCCGUUGAUUAUGCCGAUCCAAAAAUCUUAUUUGCAAACAACAACAGCUACUUGUCGUUGACGAGUAAACCGUUUAUUCAAAGUUUGGCCAACUUACAACGAGAUUCAGCCUUUUCAUUGACUUCAUCAAAUGAUAGCGUUAACAUUGCGGCAAGUCAAGAUAUUCCAAAAACGCCAACAGUUGAACCACAACAGGUCACCGUGAUUUAUACGAAUCAACAGGUGAAAAACGAUACAAUCGAUGUACCGACGUUGAAUGUGUGCAAAGCGUCAUCGUCAUCGCAUUCGAGCAGUAGCAGCAGUGGCGAUGAUUCAUACUAUGAAAAAACGGUUGAGUCAUACUUGGAAAAUGAUGGAAUUUUCCGUGAUUCGGCCAUUUACAGUGACGACAACACGGAGAAGCCAUACUCACGCCCCGAACACAUUUACAGUACAAUCGAUGAGGUGAAACAAGAGGAAAAGGUGAAACCGGCCAUUCCACCGAAAUUGAAUUUGGCAAAGGUGCAAAAUGCCAGUGUUAUUACACGCUCAGCACCACCGCCACCACUUCCAGCUAAACCAUUGUUUGCACCGCCCGCUUUACCGGCCAAAGUUGGCAAACGUUGCGAACAAACUCUCGAAAAAUUGAUGGCCACCCCAUUGCCACCGCCACCAUCAACCGAAAAUACUAAUCCAUUUCGGAAAAGCGACACUCCAUCAACAAAUUCAAACUCAUCCGACAGUGAUACGGUCAAAACACAAUCAAUCAUCACCAUGAAACAGAAAUCGAUGGAAGAGCAGGAAAAACGACUGUCGGAAAAGAGCAUUCAAAUAACACCGCCACCGAUUCCUGCCCGAAAUUUUUCCAACAAAAAUGCAUCAUGGGUCAUGAAACAGAUACAGAACCUUGAACUCCAGAACUUCGAGAAAUAAGAACUUUGAGAAAGAAGCUUGCCCAUUGUUUUGAAUGCAAUUGGGGAUCUUUACAGUAAUUACAUAAUUGUAAUUUCAUACAUCAUCGAACAUGUACCGCGGUGCCUAGAGCUUAGCACCGCUAAGUUGAGUAAAUAUAGAUUUAGAAAAAAAAAAUUGUAUUUUUUCAAAUUGGGAUCGAAAAAAAAUGACUAGUCAAACGAAUAUUAUUCGCUUUGUAGUUGCAAUUGGCAUUAUGCACGUUACGUGCAAUAAAAACAAUGCUCUUGAAUAUGAUGUGUUAAUGUCAAUCAAACAGAAGAAAAAAACCUAUAGAUGGCAAUCAAUAAUAAUAGUUCCUCAUCGCAAAUUAGAAAAUUUAAUCGGAAAAAAUUAAAUAUGAGAAAAUUGUACUUUGAUCUAAUUCGUACAAUUGAAAGAGAAAAGGAAAGAAAAUUCAUUAAUUAUUAAUUGUGUUUUUGAGCAAUUGUAAAGUGAGAAAAAUCGACUGUAUUUUUUUUAAGUGGUAGAAGCGAAAAGCAAGCAAACAAUUUAUACAUAAAAAUAAUGGCAUUUCGAAUGUUUUAAUCAAGUAUUUUACACAUCCAUCCACGUCCACACAUACACAAUUUAUGGGAAAUUUAUUAUAUAUAUUAUAUACACGUAUUUAUCAAAGAGAUUUAUUUAGAUGUUCAAAGGGAAGAAAAGAAAAAUUCUACAAGAUGAACUAUUUUGCACUUAUUAAGUCCAUCACAGAAAAUGAAAAGAAAAUUUUAACACAUGUUUGUAAUGUUCUUCUGUUUAGCGAUUUUCUAGAUUCUUUUUUUUUUAAAUUCAAGCAAAGGCAUUCUAUUCAGAUUUAAAGAUGUAUUCUUGCUUUCUUUUUUAAAUGCACUAGUUGAAGAUAGUUUGCGCCAUUGCGAAUUAUGUCAUGCAAAUCGAAUAAUUUGCGAAUAAUUUAGAAGAAAAUUGUACGUUUGAAAUUCUUUUCUAUGUAUUUAAAAUAUUUAAGUAUGAAUUAGUUUAUUUUUGUUUGUGUAUUGAGGAGAAGAAAUGCGCGCAGGACCACACAAAAGUCAGCUAAAUAUUUAUUACUACUGUCCCUCAUUUAAAUAAUGUAAUAUCUGAAAAUAAACAUUUCAUAUGCAAAACA